AGUGGGUCCGUAGGAGUUCGUGGAUGUCUCGUACCGACUUGUACGAGUAACAAGUAACAAUGUUUUUCAUCACAAGCAUUUUUUUACAGGGAUGAAAAAACGUCACAAGUUUACCGGAUGUCCCGAGUACCUACCGUUAGCAUUACGAGCCGCCACGAGACAUCCAUGAACUUCUACGGACCAGCUACGGACAUUCUCCGAGUUUGAAUCAGGGGAAAACUCGGGAGAACUCUUGAAUUACCUCGUGCAGUGGUUCAGGGGCUUUACCUGAGCAAUAUCACUAACACGUUAACGGAUUAAGAAGCCAUUAAGAAGGUUUUCCCCUGAUUCUAAUGAUGUCUAUAAUCCUGAAAUCAUCACGUGAGGAGAGCAAAGAAUCAAAUGCAAGUUCAUCUCUGCAUCACUGCAUAGCCAUGAAGUGGGAUCGUAUCACCUCUUGCCCCACCUGCAACAGUCGUGCACCGCACCAGCAGAGGCAGCCCCUACAACAACCUCCACCAGCCCUGGCCUGGACGUCGAUGGCGGCAGACAUUUUCGAAUGGCGCAGUAAGCACUACCUCGUCGUCGCCGACUCGUAUUCAAACUGGUUUGAACUCGACCUCCUGACCUCCAUCACAUCUGAGUUGGUCAUCCGAAAACUAAAGAAACACUUCUCCACAUUCGGCUCACCCGUCCGUUUGCAGACCGACAACGGAAGACAGUUUACCAGCCAUGAUUUCAAGCCUUUUGCCAACCGAUGGAAUUUCCACCACGUCAUGAGCAGCCCUGAGUACCCACAGAGUAACGGACUCGCUGAACGAGCUGUCAGAAGCGCUAAACAACUGAUGGAAUGAGCGCGCCUUGCCAAUUCAGAUGUGUAUCUUGAUCUCUUGAAGCUCAGAAACAUUGCCAGAGACGGGACCCUAGGUUCACCAGCCCAGCGACUGAUGUCUAGAACAACAAGACAUCCAAUUCCGAUUGCUCAGCAGAAGCUGAUACCGCAGGUGCUGAAGCCUGCUUCAAUCCAAAAGUGUAUUCAGGAGAAACACGAUAUUCAGAAACGAUCGCAUGACAAAUCAAGCAAACCACUUGAGC